AUGACAGCAAGGGCACAUGCAUCUCACAUGGGCGUACAGUACACCACCAACACUGCACGAGACAUAAUGUACUGGCCACGUAUGCACACAGAACUGGUGGAGGCAGUCCAACGCUGCGCAAUCUGCCAGGAGUCACAACCAGCUCUCCCAAAGGAACCCCUCAUGACACACCCAGUACCCAAGAAACCGUGGCAACUAGUCGCGAGUGACUGUUUUGAGGUCAAUGGACAAAAGUACUGCGUACUAGUAGACCUCUACUCAGACUACAUCGACUUGCGCGCCCUGGAAGACAUGACUUCCAAAUCGCUAAUCAAGGAACUGAAGCCAGUGUUUGCCACCCACGGCAUUCCUCACACCUUGAUCACAGACAACGGAUCAAACUACGUGUCACGCGAGUUCAAACAGUUCGCGAAUGACUGGGACAUUGAACACACUACCUCAAGCCCCUACCACUCCAAAUCCAACGGAAAAGCAGAGUCCGCGGUCAAAAUCGCCAAGGGACUUGUGACCAAAGCUGCCAAAGACAAAAGUGAAGUGUGGAAGGCUAUCCUUGAAUGGAGGAACACCACCACUCCGGGAAUGUCCAGCUCUCCGGCACAGCGCUUAAUGUCUCGACGAACGCGCUCAUUCCUCCCUUGCAAGAGCUCACUGUACAAGCCCCAGGUUGUAGAGGCCGUCACCGAGCAAGUCGUGACCAAAAGACAGACAGCUAAACUGUAUCACGACCGCACUGCCGAAAGCCUCCCUGAUCUGGUUGUCGGACAGCCAGUUCGCGCCAAAACUCGACCCAAGGUUGAAAGCUCCCCAUGGACCCCGGGAGUGAUAAAAGCCAAAGUUGCGCCACGCAGCUACAUCGUAGAAGUCGGUAGCAAAUGCUACAGACGCAACCGCGUUCACCUCAGAGACAGUCGGGAAAACGCUAAACAACCUACAACACCAGUCACAUGCGUGAGUGAACCUCAGCUCAUGCAGCAACCAGCUAGCACCGAGCCACCCAACUCGAGUGCCGCCAUUCCGGUCGCUAAGGCACAAGAAGUGCCUUCCGCUCCGACAGACAAACCUCCAGGACUGAACACCAACGCUACCAUUACCAGAUCCGGUCGCAUUUCCAGACCACCAAAGAGACUUAUCGAGUCAUAA